GAUUGCUCCUCUGUAGGAUGAACUUUGACGUUGGAUUUGUUGUCCCAAAUGAUUUCCUUGAACACAUCCUGCUGCAUCUGCCACUUUCCCCCAAUGGCUGUGAGCUUGUGCGGGAUCAUGCAAAGUUAUUUAUGAAGCUGAGUGCAACUGAAUGCACUUUUGCACCAUUUGCCCCCUCCGUUAUUGCUGCCGGUAGUAUUGCAAUGGUCAUACAUGGCUUAUUUUUGCUUCCGCCAUGUUGGCCCUCAGAUGAUCUAGGUCCGCACCUGGCUGCCAUGAUUGGAGCUGAGAUGAACGAUCUGCAGAAAUUUCAAGACACAGUCAUAUCUUCUCUAGCUGAGACACUGUUUUGGGUAUCAAGCUCUCACAGCAAUGAGAAAUCUACUAAGGGGCAUAUUCCACAGCCAAUAAUUUGUGAGUUUGUCUCUUGUACCCUCACUCCUUGGUCAUUAUUGGGCCCAGCUGCCUUGUCAUUGUAUAGCAAGAUACAGAAACUUUAUUUCUUUAGCAAAAAAAUCAGUACAAUAAAUAGCCUUCAGUACAAGCCAUUAGAGUAACGGAGCGAAUGGUGUUUUUAUACCUGACAGGUGAUGUCACUAGGCGCAGAUAUAGAGGAGGCACCUGUUUUGUAGCUGGCUACAACAGGGUAAAAACACACGGACCCAAUGAAUCAUUGUAAUCGUGUAUUUAUAGCAGAUUUAGCCUUUUAUACAAACACUUUUGUUUAACCUACAGAUGUGUUUAUUCUUCUCAAGACCGGAUAGUUGUGAAGCACUUUGUAAAGUUAUUUUAUUACAUAAAAAAGUUCAAUAAAAGUUAUUUUCUGCUG